AGAGCGGAAAAGCUUGUCAGGCUAAAUGAGCUGGACCUUCUGAAGGAAAAAGUGCUCAGUGAGAAACUGAAGCAUCAAGCUGCCAUCCACUGCUUGAAUGACAGCUUGGAUGAGACUGAUGAAUGUGGGAAUAAGCAGAGGCAGGACACACUGGAACGUCGCAUUAUGGAAACAACCUCCUGGAUUCUUAGGGGGGACAGAGCUAGUCAUAGCAAGCAGCUGGAAAGUCUCCAGUUUCUUACUCUCGAAGAAUCAUCAAUGCUGAAGGAGAAAGCGGACCUGGAAAGAAGAUUCUCUGAUCUUCAUUUGUGGAGGAACCAACUCAAGGAAGAUCAUGAGAUUGCCCUGAAGAGCUUGAUUAACUCUAAAGAGGAGAAGACCCAGGUGAGCAAAGUGUUGAUGAAAAUGCAGAUGAAACAAAAGAAGGCCGUCACCACUGCGCAUAAACAGAACAAGGCUCUCAGAAAGCGUGCAUCAAUGAACUUUCCAAGCAAAGACGGGUCCGAACCAACGAGGGAACAGCUUCAGAAGGAGAGGAGCAGGAUAGGGAAACUGGAGACCAUCAUGCAGGAUGGAGACAUCUUUGUGAACCAAAUCAUGAUGGGCUCAGAGAAGUCUGGGUGGAAGACACAGUGGCUGCUGGAGACCCUGCAUAGCCUCUGCCCUCCGACCCUUGGAGAGCGGCCCCGACCUCAAAGACCCGCCCAGAAAGAACCUCCGAAAACAAAACACGAGGACCACAUCCAGAGCCAUCUGGCUGGAGCAGAGCCAGAAGCAGAUUAGCUGUUAACAGUCUCAUCAAAAUCUUAAUGUUGCUUUAUCAGCUGUGAGUCAAUAUGCAAUAAAUAAUAUUAACAGGAAUUUAGACAGUGUUUAUAAUGUAUUGUCUAUGUUGGAGAGAAACUUUGGGAUUUUAGCCUUUGCACACUACAGGA